AUGAAAUUGAAAUCAUCAUCAAUUCUUAUUGAUGAUUUUGAUCAACAAAAACAACCAAAGGGUCCAUUGUCAAAUAUAGUUAAAGAUGAUCUAGAAUUACUAGAUAAAAUGAUUGAUAAAAUUCAACAAUGUACAUUAUGUACAUCAAUGAAUGGUGGACAGCACAAUCGUCUAUCAACAUCGACUACAACUGUCAUCAAUUCACCACUAACAACAAAAAACCCUCAUGAUUAUUCAACAGACGUUGGAACAAGUCCACGAAAACGAGCACCUCCACCGCCACCUCCUAAACCACCAGUUACGAAGCCAGAUUACGAAUAUUUAUAUAAAAUCGAUCCGAAGCAGCAACAACAACAACAACAACAAACAAUAACAACUUUGCCUCUAACAUUCGUUUCGUCUCUAAAACAGUUGUUUUCCAUCUUAGAUAAAACAAAUACUGGUCGCGUGAACAUCGAUGUCUUUAAAAAAUAUUGGCCACCAUUAACGUCAACAACGACGGAUGAUGAUACGAGCGAAAUUCCAUUCGACUUAUUAGAGCAACUUGAACAAGAAUCGAAAUUAUAUAAUUAUCAAAUUACAUUUGAACUUUUAUUAGCCGUCAUUGAAAAAUCUUUACACACUCCGAAAACAUCGACUAAAUACACAUCAUCUUCGACAUCAUCACUCUCAUCUCUGUCACCCACAACAUCGGUCAGACAACAAUCGUUGAAUACGACUCAACCACAACCAGUCAAAAAUAAUAAUAUUUCCUAUCGUCCACCAUCAUUUUCAUUCAAUUCAACAGCGUCUGACAUUAGCCAACGGCAACAGCAACAUCAAAAUCGUUAUCGUCUAGAAACAGACACUGUACAACAACGGGAUAAAGAAGAACAAGGAUUAACACUACGUAAAAUGAAGAAUGAUUUUUUGAAUGAUGAAGAUGUGGAAGAAGAAGAAGAAGAAGAAAAUGAUAACAGUAAUCAUUCGAGUAAUAAUCAGACAUUGUUUUCACCUCGUCUGAUCAAAAAUUUCAAUUAUAACCAAGUAGAAAAAUCAUCCUCAACUAAACAACAACAAGAACAACUGCAACAACAACAUAUUCAUGUACCAAAGCCAUUGAAAAUAAUUCGUAAAGAUCCAAAUUAUUUUAACCAGCCAUCUUAUGUUUUAGAUGUUUUAUCCCAUAAUUUAACAAUUCCAAUACAAAAUGGAAAACAUAGUUUACAACAUCAUGCACCUCCCAUCUCCUUUCAACGAAAUCUAAAACAAAGUAAUGGACUACCAACUACAAAUCCUCAACAACAGCCUAUAAAAUUACCACGAUCAACAAGCGUUACACAAGAUCUUUCACGUGAUAAAACUGUUGGUGAUCAACAACAACCGAAAAAGAAUUCGUUUCAUGUCAAUCCGGUGUAUAGUAGUUAUAAUGAAAAUAUGGAUCAGUCGAUGAAAAAUACAAGCACAAAUGGAAUCGGUUAUUAUGGAUCAUCGAAUCAAGUUGAAAUGAGACAGCGAAAAAAAGAGAUUCUAUCGCAACAAACACAAACAACACCAUCGAUGUUAUCGAAACACAAUGGAAAUUCUAACUUGUAUACUGAUGCUCCAUCCGUGUUAAAUCAUCAAGUCAAUGGUCACAUUUCUUUACCUGUACGAUCAUUAUCCGAUAAUAGACGAAAUACAAUCCACUGUCAUGAAAUUGAUUUUUCCAUGAUUCGCGCUAUGAAACGUUUUGAAAUUGAACGUGAUUUAUUAUUACAAACAUGUGAUACAAUGGAAAGAGUCAAAUGUUUUUUAACAGAAAAAUUGAUUGAAAUGAAAGAAAAACAACGUUAUUAUUGUCUCAAACUAUCUACAUCAGAGAGUACUGGCAUUGCACCUGAACCUGUUUACAAUCGAGAUUUAGUAGCCGAUUUACUGAAAUUAGCCAGCACUGUUUUAAAUGAGGCACAAUAUGACACAAAGAAUGUUGUUAAAUUAAAAAAUGAUCGAAUUAAUCAACUAGAAAAUGAAAAACGAAUUUUAAUUCAAGAACUAUUUGAAUUACGAAAUAAAAUGACUAAAACAAAAUAA